UUUAACCCUUCAUUUCUCCUCUUCUCCCUCUCUCUCUAUCUCUCUAUCUCUCUCUCUCUCUUUAGGGUUUCUUCAACUUUUUUCUUUUCUUUUCUUUUUUUUGUUUCUCUCGCUUUCAAUUUUCACUUCCCAUUUCUUGUAAAGAUGCGUGAGAUUCUUCACAUCCAAGGUGGACAAUGUGGCAACCAGAUCGGUGCCAAGUUCUGGGAAGUGGUUUGUGCUGAGCACGGGAUCGAUCCCAUCGGUAAGUACACUGGGGAUUCUGAUCUUCAACUUGACCGGAUUAAUGUAUAUUACAAUGAAGCCAGUUGUGGACGGUUUGUUCCUCGUGCUGUGCUUAUGGAUCUUGAGCCUGGUGUUAUGGAUAGUAUCAGAUCUGGACCUUAUGGUCAGGUUUUCAGACCUGAUAACUUUGUUUUUGGUCAGUCUGGUGCUGGAAACAACUGGGCUAAAGGUCAUUACACCGAAGGUGCCGAGCUUAUUGAUUCUGUUCUUGAUGUUGUUCGUAAGGAGGCUGAGAACUGUGACUGCUUGCAAGGGUUUCAGGUGUGCCAUUCUUUGGGAGGAGGGACUGGAUCUGGAAUGGGAACUCUUUUGAUUUCCAAGAUCAGAGAAGAGUACCCUGAUAGAAUGAUGCUUACGUUCUCUGUUUUCCCAUCUCCUAAAGUUUCUGAUACUGUUGUUGAGCCUUACAACGCUACUCUCUCCGUUCAUCAAUUGGUUGAAAACGCCGACGAGUGUAUGGUACUUGAUAACGAGGCUCUCUACGAUAUUUGCUUCCGGACCUUGAAGCUCUCCACUCCAAGCUUCGGUGAUCUGAACCAUCUGAUUUCUGCGACUAUGUCCGGUGUUACCUGCUGUUUGCGAUUCCCGGGACAGCUCAACUCAGAUCUUAGGAAGCUUGCUGUCAAUCUUAUCCCAUUCCCGCGUCUCCACUUUUUCAUGGUGGGUUUUGCUCCACUCACUUCCCGUGGAUCUCAGCAAUACAGAGCUCUUACAGUACCUGAGCUCACUCAACAAAUGUGGGAUGCGAAGAACAUGAUGUGUGCUGCUGAUCCAAGACAUGGUCGGUAUCUUACUGCCUCUGCUAUGUUUAGGGGUAAGAUGAGCACCAAGGAAGUUGAUGAACAGAUGAUCAAUGUUCAAAACAAGAACUCGUCAUACUUUGUAGAAUGGAUCCCCAACAACGUGAAAUCUACAGUUUGUGACAUUCCUCCAACUGGGUUGAAAAUGGCUUCCACUUUCCUUGGGAACUCAACAUCGAUCCAAGAGAUGUUUCGCCGUGUUAGUGAGCAGUUUACUGCUAUGUUUAGGAGGAAGGCUUUCUUGCAUUGGUACACAGGGGAGGGUAUGGAUGAGAUGGAGUUCACUGAGGCUGAAAGCAAUAUGAAUGAUUUGGUUUCUGAGUAUCAGCAAUAUCAAGACGCUACGGCUGAAGAUGAUGAAUACUACGAUGAAGAUGAAGUUGGUGAACCUGAUGACUGAAGUAUGUGAAGGUGUGUGUGUUAAUCUUUCAAUUGCCAGUCUCUGGCAAGUUUGUGGGUUGGAUUUAUGAAGGCCUAAAGCAAUUCAUAGCUGUAGAAUGUUUUAGGCCAUUAUAUCGUCAAUUAAGAUUGCUUUUUCCUUUUUGGUUCUUAAUUGUGUCAUCUGGAUAAUGGAAUAUGAAGAAUAUCAGUUACAUAUGCCCGUAUAAUUUGUUAUUCUGCAAGUUUUUCUGUUUAAACAAUUUCUCAGA